AUUGUGGUUGAAAUGUUUUAUGUUUUUCUUGGGAUGUUUUAUCAUUGUUAUCUGAUAAUUUUUUAAGUUUAUUUUUAUGACCCACAGAAUCCAUAUGUCUGGAAACAUGUGCAGAAGAGCAUGACAAAUUUUUGUUACAUACAGUGCAAUGAUAGAGAGAAUUAUCAGACGGUACUCCGCGUAUCCAAAAUUUAUAUCGAUCAUCAGAAAGCCAAGCUUCUGAAAAGGUUCGCUUUUUUUGAUCGAUUUAUCACACAUUUUUGUAUAAAAUAAGUAAAUAGUAUAUAUAAAUAUUACAAAUAUAAGUGUCACCAAAAGAGAUCAGGAUCCUGUGGUUUGUUAUUCCCACAAUAUUUAUUGAUUAAAUUGUAUUCUCUUUCCGAAUAUGUGUGUGUGUGUAUGUAUGUGUGUGUGUGUGUGUGUGUGUGUGUGUGUGUGUGUUAUGUAAAAAUUCGUUUUACCUUUUUGGUCGUAAAUAUUUGCCAACUGAAGACAGAGCUCUGAUCAGCAGCAAGACGUUGCGACCAAACAGAUAACAAUGAACAUAGCGCAUAGAAAAACAAUUGAAGCAUAUUUCAGUGGUACCACAUUCCGCCCGCCUUACUAUUGUUGGUAAAAAUGCACGUGGACGCGCGUUUAUCGAUGAUCCGCGUCUCCACUGUCAUUGUUUACGUUCCUGCGACAGCCAACAGCGACAGAUAACGAUAUGGCAGGUUAGUUAUAAAUAUUUUAUUACUACUCAGUUAAUGAUAGAUUCAAUGUUGAUUCACUGAUUAAGUAAUUCUAGUAGACAGAGUUGUGCGUAUAGUAAUUUAGAGAUGUAUUAUAAUUCAGAAAAUAAAAGAAAUAAUUCAUGAUAGAAAGGGUUAUGUAUACGUCUUGUCAACAUUUGUAACAAAUCUUGUACUAGUAGAUAAGCUAUGUAAAUUAUUAGAAAUUGAAUAACAAUACUGAAAGUUAGGACAAAAUAAAAUUAAUAUGUUCCAGACAGAAAUAACUCUUCAUGUCGAAUGGAUAUCGAUUUGAUAUAAAAAUCAUCGUUUUGACAUUGACUUCAUAAUCUUUUUUUGCUGAGAUGUGGUUUUAAUAGUGAUAAAAUACAAAUAUAUAACAUCCUAAAGAAUUCCAAAAAAAUUUUUUUAAAUACAGGUUUUUGUCAAUUCUGAGUUCAUUUUCAGAUGCAAAGAUUCUGUUUCUGACUUUCUAGAAAAAAAAUUCUGUGUGCAUCUGAAAAUGAACUCAAAAUUUAUGACAUCGAUUUGAUGAAGAUUUCUCUUUGGGGUAUGUAAUAAUUUUAUUGCGUUAUAACUUUCUGUGUAUUGUGUUAUUCAAUUUAUAAUAAUUUAUAUAACUUGCAUUAUCUACUUGUAGUAUUAUGUAAAUUAAAUGAAUUAUUUAUAUUUCAAACAUAAGCUUUUAUAUUUUACGCACAAAUGUUGCUUUUAGAAUUACUACAUAAUAUAUUUAUAUAUGUUUGUUAUUUAUUAAUAUUAUAUUUGUAUUUUUCAGAAAAACAAAUAGUGCGCCAGGGAUCUGCUGUGCUCCAGCAAAGGCUGGAGCAGAUGGAAAAUAGCAUACAGGCCGUGCACAUGAUGCUGCAAGAGUUGCAGCAACAGCGGCAGCAACCGCAGCAGCAGAUUGACCGCUUAGAACAAGCGGUCAAUCUGCUGUUACAACGGCAAAUGCCGCAACAACAGGAGCAACCACAGCAGGAGCAAUCGCUGCAGGAGCAACCGCUGCAGGAGCAACCGCUGCAGGAGCAACCGCUGCAGGAGCAACCGCUGCAGGAGCAAUCCCAGCAGCAAUUGCAACAGCAGCAAAAUAAUAUCCGUCGAAACGGACCAGGGCAUGGGCGUUCCGGCGCCCGCUGGAACCGCCAACGCGGAAUCCUCGGCGGCAGAGGCGGGAGAUUCAGAGGCGGGAGAGGAAGGAAUGGACAGAGAAGAGGAAGGGGUGUAGGCGGUACAACAAUUAUAUAUAAAUAUUAUAAUACAUAUAAAAAAUGAAAAAAUAUAUUUAAAAAAAUGUAAAUGACUGUCCUUUUAUUUUUAUCCCGUUAACAUACUUGUCCGUAAUAUUAUCGAAGGAGUGUAUAAAAUAUUUUGUCCGUAAGGACAUCGUUCGACAAGAACGAGCGUGUCAAUGUAAACACGCAAACACACACACAUACACACAC